AUUCGGAGAGUGAGGCCUAGGGUCCGGGAGCCGGGGCCUGGGAGGAAGCGUGGCAGCUGCGGGUGACCCACGCAAUUUCUGUCCCUGGCUCUCGGGCGGCCGGCACGAUGUUCAAGAAACUCAAGCAGAAGCUUAACGAGGAGCAGUUCCCCGUCAGGAGCAGCCUCGCUCAGGCUUCUCCAAAGUCAACUCCACCUUCAACAGGAAAUCGAAGCCACACCUCUUCCUUGUCAGGUCAACACAAUGAAGGCACUUUAGGUGACAGAGAGCUAUUGGCCGAGAUGAUAGCAGAGCCUGCUUUUCUCUCUGAGUAUACUAUCUUUGCUCUGGAAAGCACCAAACGGCCUAAAGUGCAGAAUAUCAAUGUGAAUGUACUCAAGACAUCGACUGAAAACCUGUCUUCUCCAAAGAUAACACAUCACUUCAGUGAUGAAGGUUCAGUCACUGCUCUGAAGCCUGAGAUGCAGUCAUUUGCCCAAAAACUUCAGCUUCGUGUUCCAUCUAUCGAGUCUUUAUUUCGAGCCUCUUCAAAAGAGACUCUAUUUCAGUCUCCUUCAAAAGAAUCAUUAGUGCGAUCUGCCUCAAGAGAAUCUCUCAAUAGAAUCGAUGCAGAUGUUCAAAGUUCUGGUAUCACCUUUGAUCCGUCGUCAGAUAUUGAAAGUGAGGCAGAAGAUUCCACAGGUAACUUUGAGAGCCUUAGCAAGGAUCCAUCUUCGAACCAGUUUCGCAGGAUGGAGCGGAGUUUGAGCAACUAUCGGCUGAAGUAUUCAGAGUUGGUCACUGCCUAUCGGACUUUGCAGAGAGAUAAAGAAAAAAUGCAGGUAGUUUUAAGUCAGGGUCAAGAUAAAGCCCUACGUAGGAUUGGAGAAUUACGUGAGGAGCUCCAAAUGGAUCAGCAAGCAAAGAAGCAUCUUCAAGAUGAGUUUGAAGCAGCACUGGAGGAGAAAGAUCAACUAAUUGGUGUUCUGCAGACACAGGUUGCAUUAUUGAAGCAAAGGAUGGGACUUGCAGGGGCAAAUACAGAUCUGGGUGAAUCCACCGUUCAAGCACCUGUGACUGAAAGUACAGAAGCAGUUCAAGCGAGUCCUAACAAUGAAGAAAAUAACAUCGACAGUCCUGAUGGAUCAGGAGAGGGAUCUGGAGAUGCUGCUAAUUCUUUAUCCGUUCUUCAAAAACGAAUAAAGAGGCAAGAAAAUCUCUUGCAGCGUUGUAAGGAGAUGAUUCGUACACACAAAGAGCGUUGCACCCAGAUGACCAGUGAAAAGGAAGCCCUUCAAGAACAACUGGAUGAACGCUAUCAGGAGCUGGAAAAAAUAAAGGAUCUACACACUGCCGAAAAAACAAAACUAAUCACUCAGCUCCGAGAUGCAAAGAACUUAAUUGAACAGUUGGAACAAGAUAAGGGUAUGGUGAUCGCAGAGACAAAACGACAGAUGCAUGAAACAUUGGAGAUGAAGGAAGAAGAAAUCUCUCAACUUCGUGCCAAAAUUCAGCAGUUCAGUGGACAACGUGAAGCGCUGCUUGAACAGAAAGAGAAGUCUGACAAAGCUGCAUUUGAGGAGCUCGAGAAAGCACUGGGCUCAGCUCAGAAAUCUGAAGAUAAGCGUAAAAAACUGAAGCAAGAGAUGGAAAAACGGUUAAAAGCUAUGGAGGAAGCAAAUGAAGAACAACAAAAGAACUUUCAACAGGAGCUUUCACGGGUUAAGCUGGAAGUUGUUACUGUCAUGAAGUCCUCUGAAGAUCGCGUUGGAGAACUGGAGAAAAGUCAUAUGGAAGAACUGACCUGCAAAGAAAAGGAGUUUACGAAGCAGUUGCAAGCUUCUCAGCAGGAGUUUCAGGAACAGUUAAAAAAGGCUCUGGACAAGUGUCAUGCUGAGUACCAAGCAGAGCAACAGGAGAAAGAACAGCAAACUGUGUUGGCAUUAGAAGAACAGGAAUUACAAAAGCAGGCAGUUCAGACUCAAGCAACUAAUCAAAUCCAGGAUUUGCAAGCAGAAUUGGAAACCUUGAAAACGAGAGUUUUGGAAUUGGAAAGUUUGCUUUUAAAGAAAUCACAAGAUGGUGAAGCUCAUGCAGAAGAGUUGGAAGCCGAGAGAGUCAAGCAUGAAAUAGAAAUUGCAGCCUUAAUUAAAACCCACCAGGAGGCACUGGAAAACUUGCGUCAAGAAGAAGAGCAAUUAUACACUGAAAAAAUACAGAUAAUUAACCAUCAGCACAAGGCUCAAGUGGAACAACUUGAAGAAAAAUCUAAAAAUCUGGAAGUACAAUUGAAAGGGAAAGAAACUCAAUUCCAUGCACACAUUGAGGAAAUGAACCAAAAAACACUAGAGAAACUUGAUGUGAAACAAACUGAGUUGGAAGCACUGUCAACUGAGAUGACUGAAAUGCUCAGAAUACGGAAUGAGCUGGAAAAUAAGUUAACUGCAAUUGAAGCAGACCAUGAGAAGGAGCUAGCACAGAAGAAACUACAUUAUGAAGAAAAAAUUGAGGCUGAUAGAAAAGGCAUUGAACAAUCCUUUAGUGGAGUUGAGAAAACAUUGACAGAUGAGGUAAACAACCUCCGUCAUCUUCUUGAGGGCAAGGACAAAAUUGUAGGAGACCUUCAAGUAGAAAGAGAGAGUCUGGUAAAUGAACUCGAAACGGUUAAAAAAGAAGCCACAGAAAUUUCUGCAGAACUUGAAUGCAUGAAGCAAACCUAUCAGCAAGACCAAGGAAAUGCUGAGGAAAAGUUUAAUUGGAAACUAGAUGAUCAACGUCAACUGUAUGAAACGCAAUUAACAGAAUUGCGGAACUUGCUAAGGGACCUAGAAACUGAGAAAGAAAAGAAGCGGUUGUCAGAUCAGACCAGACACAAUGAGCUUACUGCCAGUUUAGAUAACUAUAAGUCCCAGACCCAGGAAUUGGAAGAGAAAAACAGUGAGCUGCUAAAUAAAGUAGCUUUCCUGACAGAACAAUAUGAAACCCAAAUAGCUCAGCUGGAAUCAGACAUUGGACAGUUACAGACAAGUUCAGAAGAAAAGCAAAAGGCACUUAAUGAUGCACAAAAUAUUCAGAAACAGCAGGUAGAAGCCUUUACUCAAAAACAAACAGAAGAACAAAAAGUAACUGCGCAGCAAAUUGAUUCACUUCAUGAGGAAUAUGGAAAAAAGAUAAAGGCACUUGAAACAAAGCUUGAAGAAGUUAAACAAAAGGGAACUGAAAUGCAGGAUAAAUUGCGGAUUGAACUUUCUAAACAAGAGAUGAAAUUAAAAACACAGCUGGAAAAACAACAGGAAUUUGUUGAAAAGGAACAAAUGUUCAAUGAAAAAUUAGUGGAAAUGGCACACGCAAGUUCUACGGGAAUGAAUGAAACUAUGACACAGAAAAUUGUAAAUGAUUUGAAUGCCCAACUGGAAAUAACCAAAUCUAGAAUAGCAGAACUAGACCAAGACAUUGCAGCAAAGUCUGAGGAAUGUAAAGUUGUUGAAGAACUCAACGAGCAAUUGCAUCAGAAGGAGACUGAAUUGCAGGAGAUGGGACUGCUGCUUGAACAGGCUCAGGUUGGAGCUUGUGACCAGGACAGCAGAUAUAAGAAUGCUGAAGAAAAAAUCCAAUCAUUUGAGAAAGAGAUGGAAUCACUGCGAGUUGAAUUUUCACAGAAACAGAAUGAAUGGGAACAAACUAAAUUUGAACUCAUAAAUAGCAAAGAGAAAGAACUCAUAGAUUUAGAAACUAGAAUGAAAACUGAGAGCACCAGUAAAAUCGCUGAAUUCAAGAAAAAAGCAGAACAAAAAAUUGCAAAAAUAAAGAAGCAAUUAACUAAUCAAUUAGAAGAAAAAGAAAAUAGUGCAAAUGAACAAAUAAGAGACUUGAAACACAAAGCACAGGAUCAAGAAGCAGUCAUUGGAGCCUUAAAAGAGAAACUGAAAAUUCUAGAAGCUUCAAUUGGAUCAGAAAAGGAAGAAAAGCAGAAAUGGGUUGAGAAAGUGAAAAAAGAAAUGGAACUUGAGAAGGAGAGCUCUCUGAAGUUGUUGAAAGAAAGCUAUGAAAAAAGGAUUAUCGUUCUACAGAUGGAUGUGUCAGCGAGAGAUGAAAUGUUGCAAAAAUACAGAGACAAUCAGCUAGAAACAAAUGCUGAACAUGAGAUCAGCAAGUCUUAUACAGAUCUUCAAAAGCAUCAAGAAAAAGUUGAAGAUGAGAAACAAAUCCAGAAGAGAGAUGGAGAUGAGUUUGAACAACAGAAGCAUGUACAUCCAUUACUGGCAGAAGAACAACAAAAGGAGGAAAUUAACACAGUAGAAAAGUUUAAGGAACAAUUGAGCAUAAAAGAGAAACACAUAAAUGAGAUGGAAAAAAUAAUUGCAGAGUUACAAAAUAAAAUCCAGGGUAAAGAGAUUCCUGAGAAGCAAACCCUAGUGGAGCUAUCAAGUGCCUUCACUUUAAAAAAGAAAGAUGUUGAGGGGGAGGAAAAAUCAGAGAGCAGUUCUCUGAUUGAAGGCUACAAAAAACAGAUACUGGCACUCCAGGAGCAGUUGGAAGAAAAAGUUUCUCUACUUCACAUCUUUGAAGAAAGUUCUGAAGAGAAGACAAAAUCUGACACAGAACUACAAAAGUUGCUCAAUGACAUGCAGGAGCAACAAAAAGAAUUGGGACACAAACUGGAAGAGGCAGAAAACGAGAAACAAAAAGCUCGCAAAGAACAGGCUAAACUGCAAAAAGACAUUCGUGUGUUACGCAAAGAACAUGAGGCUGAAAUAGAAAUCAUUCGCAAAGAAAUAAGUGAAGAAACUGAAAAUAAAGCCAAGUUGGAACUCGAGGAUCUGCAGCUGAAACAUAACUCAACUCUCAAACAGUUAAUGCGAGAAUUCAAUACACAGCUAGCUCAGAAAGAAGAAGAGUUGAAUAUAUCUGUCAAACAAACUAUUAGCAAAGCCCAGGAAGUGGAGGCAGAGCUCCUGGAAACCCACAAGGAGGAUGUAAACCAGCUCUAUCGCAAGAUAGCUGAAAAGGAUGAUUAUAUACAAAGGACAACAAAAAAAUAUGAAGAGAUUUUGCAGUCUCGAGAAGAAGAAAUGACUGUUAAAGUGACUGAACUGCAGGCAGAACUGGAGGAGUUAAGAGCCCAGCAUCAGAUGUUACAGCAUAAUGAUGAAAAUCAGAAUAUUGAACAGGAAUGUCCAUUAACAGUGACAGAACUGCAGGCACAGCUAGCAGAGAAAACUACUCUUGUUAAUGAUGCUAUACUCCAUGAACAGGAACUUAGAGAGCAGAUUCAUUCACUUCAGGAUCAGCUUAAGGUUCAUGAAAAAAAUUCUUGUAUGUCAUCAUUUGGAACACCAUAUAGAGAUGGAAAUUAUGCUGUUGAUGGUUCUGUGGUAACAGAGCCUACAGAAUUAGAAUAUCUUAAGAAGGUGCUCUUUGAAUACAUGAUGGGAAAGGAAACUAAGACUUUGGCAAAAGUUAUAACCACUGUACUAAAGUUCCCAGCAGAGCAGACACAGAAAAUAUUAGAACGAGAAGAGUCUCGAUCUACAUAUUCCUCAUCUCGUACUGGUAUUUUCUGAGGCUUGGUUGGUGAUGCAGUCACUUAAUACAUGGACUUGGUUACGCUAAUUGGGAAACCUACAAGGGUGACACGGAGCUAUUCCAUGAUCAUGCUGCUGGGAUGUUAUUUAUCUGUUUGCUUGUGCAGGGAAGGGAAAUAUGGUACUGUUUAAAAGAUGAUGUUUCUAUGGCCUUUAACUGUGAUUUGUAUAAAGUCUAAAAUUUGAGGAAGACUUGACAUUAUUCUGAUGUUAACUCUAGCAGGUUCUUGUUAAAUGGCACUAGGAUAAAUUGUGCAAUAAAUUUCUAAUGGGAUAUAAGCCGUGAAUGGGUGCUGUUAAUGUUUGACUGGAAUGCUUCUUUCUGUACAGCUUGAUUUUUUUUUUUGCUAGGUAAUAUACUUGGAGCUUCAGCCUAUAAAGAUACUGAAUCGCAGUACCUAGUUUGUUUACUACAGCUUUUGUACUUGUAUUUUGGAGAGAUACACUACUGUAAAUUGUAAAUACAUGAUUCAUAUCUAUGCUAAGCAAAAAGAUAAAUUGUAACAUUCACUUGGAGAAGUGAAAUAAAGUUUUAUUUAAUGUACAAAAA